UUGCGCUAGACUGGCACUAGUCAUCUUGACAAGAAAGAAGAAAAGUUCAAAAUGUCUCGUGGAACAAGUGCUGGAUUUGACCGGCAUAUUACCAUAUUUUCUCCCGAAGGACGACUCUACCAAGUCGAGUAUGCUUUUAAAGCCAUAAAUCAAGGCGGUCUGACCUCUGUAGGUGUUCGUGGUGCAGAUUCUGCUGUAGUCAUUACUCAAAAGAAAGUGCCGGACAAGCUUCUAGAUGCCAGCUCUGUCACACAACUGUUUGAAUUAUCUGAGAGAAUUGGUUGUGUCAUGACUGGAAUGAUUGCUGAUUCCAGGUCGCAGGUACAGAGAGCAAGAUAUGAAGCAGCUAACUGGAAAUAUAAAUAUGGUUAUGAAAUCCCUGUGGACAUGCUUUGUAAAAGAAUAGCAGAUAUCAAUCAAAUUUACACACAGAAUGCCGAGAUGCGCCCACUAGGAUGUGGAAUGAUUUUGAUUGGUAUUGAUGAGGAGACCGGUCCACAGCUGUUCAAAACAGACCCAGCAGGUUACUACUGUGGCUUCAAGGCAUGUAGCAUUGGAGCCAAGCAGACAGAGGCUAACAGCUUCCUAGAAAAGAAGAUCAAAAAGAAGCAAGCUAGGACUUUCAGUGAGACUAUUGAGACUGCCAUAACCUGCCUGUCCUCUGUGCUUUCUGCUGAUUUCAAACCUUCAGAAAUUGAAGUUGGUGUAGUCACAACAGAUAAUCCUAGGUUCAGGAAAUUGACAGAAGCUGAAAUUGACACCCAUCUUGUAGCGAUAGCUGAAAGAGAUUAACUUUUGACUCCAUUUGCUAGAAAAGAAACAUCUUUUAGCUAUUUUGCAUCCUACAUUAUUAGCAAAAUAAAUGUAAAUGUAUGUGAAAUAUGUUGAUUAAAAGGUGCUUGAACCACAA